UUGUAUAUAUACACUCCGGGAGGUUUUCAAUGUCAAACUUUUGGUAACUUCGGCAACGCUGUAAUAUGUUCUGCGAAUAAGAAUGUGUCGGCUUAAACAAACAACAGCAUUUAGGGGUGGGUAGUAACUCGCGGAUGGUAAGGAAAAAAGAUAACUUCAGUACUUUUCAAACAUGAGGGUCACUGAAGUAUUGUAUCAUAAAAUAAACCGGUAUCGAGCAUGGCAACUCAAUUGGGUCAUGAACAAGAGGAAGAAAGUGCGUGAGAGUAGAGAGUCCAUUCAUAUCAAGAAGUUAGGAUAUCCAACUGUAGCUGCUGAAGAUUUCCUAAAAAAUGCCGAAGAAGAAGUUGUACCCUUGGAAAUUGACAAUGAUGUUCAGGAAGCUGAGCCUCUUCUUCAAACAGUAAAAUUUGACUCGAGUCAUCCUUUAUACCAACAAGAUCCACUUCCUUGUAUAGAUGACACCAAUGUGCUGCUUGAAGGUGUAGAGCAAGCAAAGGUGUUACUGAACACUGUACACAUUGAGGGUCUGCCAAAAGAAAUUGAAGACAGUGUUGGGAGUCGUGCCAUUCCUUUCCAGGAUACUAGAGUAAAGAGAGUUGUUAUGUCUUCGCAAAUUUUUGACGCCAUGCAAGUCCUCUUACCAAAAAGGAAAGACCCUGAGAGACCUGAGUGGAACUUCCCUCGUGAUUAUGGCAUUGACUCUCAGCGCAAAUUUAACUUAACAAUAUCUCAGAUGCUUCAGCUCUGUGAGUUUUUGGAUGGAAAAGCAUCAUUAGUUAAUAGAGCUCAAAUUUCUGAUGCUUAUUGUUGUGCACGCCUUGAUAAAGAAGGUGUUCCUUUUCAAAUUAAAAAUCGUGCAGAUAUCCUAGUCACCAGCAAAGUGCCCAUUGCUCCCCUAGCAUCCAGAGAUACUGGAAGUUCCACACCACUGCCUGAUAUUCAUCCACUCCAUUUUACUGUUUCCAUACCCAAGCAACAUUUUUACCACUCUGAAAGUAUUUUUCCAAUCUCAAAAAUGUUUGCAAAACCACAUCCCCAUACAGCUUUCUUUCACUAUGAUCCAUCAGAGGUAAAAAAUUUGUAUGGAGAACCAGUGACAGAAUCUCAGUUUUUGUCCCGGACUCUUGUUAAAGCAUUUGCAGUUGCAGCUUCUCGUGCCCAACAACUGUAUGGGGAUGAUGUGAAAAAGCUUCCUGAGCCUCUCACUUUACAGGUAGUUCACAGUGAUAACAAGAGAUUUCAUUUUGGAGUAUUGCAGUUGAAUACAUUACUUUUAAGUUCACCUGAGGAGAAGAAUAUAUUUUGGAUGCUUCCUAGCCCAGUUGAUCUAUAUGAGGAGUGUGGCUAUGUGAAGGGAAGACCUGCCCUUCAAGAUUACAACCCUGAGGUGUUUCAAAGAAUACUAGCCUUUUACUUCAAUGGCAUACCAUGAGUGUUUGAAUGUUUUGUUAUUAAAAGUGAAUCAUAAA